AUGAUAUAUAAUGAUGUAGAAUUUACAGAUAUAAAUUUAACAGAGAGAGAAGGAUUUUUGUAUCUUGCUAUUUUUGAAUCAGAUAUGAAAAAGGAACUUUAUAUAAAAAAAGCAAUUCAUGGAUGUCAGAAACCUAUUAAAUGUACUGUUUUUGUUAAUAGAUUAGAAGUAAGAGAAAAUUUUUUGGAAGAGAAUGGCUCAGAAAAUAAUCAUGAAAUAAUUGCGAAUUUAGAAAAUAAAGGACUUGGCAAUGAAACAACAUAUACCUCCAAAGAAUUUCUAACUGAAAUUGUUCAAAAUGCUCGAAAAACAAUCCGAACACAGAAAGAGUUAGUUGGAAGUCUUCAUGACCGCUUAAAGCUAAAAUUUGAAGCAGAAGAAGAACAAGUAUCAGAACCAUUAACUAGCAUUGUUCACAAUGUUGUUGAUGAAAAAUUAUAUUCUUCUAGAAAAAAUCUUACUCAUUACAGGUUUAUUCAAUGGGCAGUUUCAAUUUAUAGUAGAAGUCCUGCUACAUACAAAAUAAUGAAAUCAGUUAUUAGAAUGCCAUCAGUAUCAAUACUUAAAAGCUAUAUUAAUGAAACUGAACAAUAUACAGGUUGGCAAAAUAAAAUAGUAAAGCGAAUGGUAGCUAGUAUGAAGACGAAUAAUGUUUGGGAUAUGCACGUCUUGAUAUGUCAGAUCAUUGACUUUGAUAAUGAAAAUGCUGAACUUGAAGCAUUUGGUGAACAAUGUCUCAAUAAUAUUCAAGGCUUGAGUAAUCAUAUUAAGCAUGAUAAUGAUGAUGAAAAGAACCAUGAGCGAACUUUAGUGACUCAAAUUCAUCAAAUUGUAUGGCAUUCUGUAUCUUAUUCUUUUAAUUUUUCAAUAGUCUAUUUUGGUGUUGAAGCUAUGAAUAUUCACACUCUUAGUACAAUUCUUUUUCACUUGGCUGCUAAGCUUAAAUGUGUUGCAAUUCAUACAUGCGGUUUUGUAUGUGAUAGUGCAGAUGAAAAUCGAAGGCAUAUUAAGAGUUUUGAUUGGUUUGCAGCAAUUUGGAAAGUGAAUGAUAAAGUAGAAGUUCAUAAUAAUUGGUACCCUGGUAAAGUACUUACUGAAAUCUUAGUAGAUAAUUAUUUAGAUAUUGAAGUUAUAAUUGAAACUACUGAAAAAGUCGAAUUGUAUAUAUGGAGAUCGCUACUUCAUGAUAUUCGUCCUGAAUAUGAUGAAGAUGAACAUUUUGUUUCACAUCUUACUAUUAAUCUCAUAACUGGAGUGUAUGAUUAUACAACCAAACAUGAGGUAACAAAAGCUACUAAAUUAACUAAGCGACAUAUAUGGCUUACCCCCUGGAGCAAAAUGAGAGUGGAUCUUGCAGAAUAUACACUAUCAUUUGAUGUCAAAAAAGCAAUAGAAAAUAUUUCAGAGUUAAAUUAUAUCUUCCAAGGCACUCAAGAUCGUGCUAUAAUUCAACCAAGAAGAAUAUCUCAGGAUAUGCUUGAAGGUUUAUUCAGAACAAUUAGAGAAAUAGGUGGUGACUCUUCUAUACAAACGGUUCAAUCUUAUGGAUAUGCAAUGAACAAAUUAACAAUUACAAUGCAAAUGACAUUAGAAAUACAAAGCCUGAAUUAUGGUUUAGCUAAUAGUUCAGGUUGCAUAUUUGCUGACUUAAAGCAAAG